AUUUUUUUUAUAAAUUUUACAUUUUAAUAAUAAUUUUAUAAAGCAUUAAAUUUUAACUUUUUAAAUUCAAUAAUUUAGAUAAAAAGUGAAGAGAAAAUUGAGAGAAAAGAAAAUGAAAACCAACUCCAUCCAAACUAGUCACAAUAUAAAUGAUGUGCAAAUUGUGUGGAAUUAAUGGAGGGGGGAUAUGAGAAAUCAGAGAAGAGAUGGUUGGCAGGAAUUUCAACUCCUCAUUGACUUGAGUCCAUCCUUUGAAUGCUAGACCUAACAGCGGAUAGCUAUCCACGUUAGCGUCCCGAUCCUCUUCCUCUUGCAGAAGAAAGCUCGUUUGAAGUGUUUCAUUUCCUCUUACCUCAUCCUUUCCAUGGCUUCUUCGUCUUCUACUUCUUCCUCCAAACGGCCAAAACGGAUUUACGAUGUCGUCUUGAGUUUCAGAGGCGAAGACAUUCGUAACAGUUUCGCUUCGCAUCUUUAUGCCGCUCUAAGACAGGCCGGGAUCCAUGCUUUCAUGGACGAUAAGGAGCUUGAAAGAGGAGAAGAGAUCUCUCGCUCAUUACUGCAAGCAAUCGAAGGAUCACAAAUUGCGCUCGUGAUUUUAUCUCCGAAUUACGCAUCUUCUAGAUGGUGUCUGAAUGAGUUGGUGAAAAUAAUGGAAUGUCAAAAAACCCAAGGUCAGCGGGUUAUGCCCGUAUUCCAUGGCGUCGAUCCGUCAGACGUUCGUCAUCAGAGAGGCUCAUAUGGUGAGGCGAUAGAAAAACACGAGCAUAAGUUGGGAAGGGGAAGCGAUCGGGUGUCGCAGUGGCGGAAGGCACUCGAAGCGGUUGCGAAUACUUCCGGCUUCGAUUCAGCUUUUCGGGAUGAAGCUUAUGUAAUUAAAGGGAUUGUCGAUGAUGUUCUUGUAGAAUUAAACACUGGAGAUUUGAUUAUUGCUGACCAUCCAGUAGGAAUAGAAUCACGGCUUCAUGACUUGACUAUUGAAUGGUCAAAAAAGAGGUCACGAAAAGUUCUUAUCAUAGGCCUCUGGGGAAUGGGAGGUGCUGGCAAAACAACCGUUGCCAAAGCAAUCUACAAUGAAAUUGGUCGCCACUUUAAAAGAAGUUUCCUGAAAAAUAUUAGAGAAAUUUCAAAGCAAGAUAAUGGCCACGUUAUUUUGCAAAAACAACUUAUUUAUGAUAUAACUGGGAAAGAAGUUUUCAAGAUAUGUGACAUUGAUAGGGGAAAAAAAAUAAUUCAAGACAGAUUUCCCCACAUAAAAGCACUUGUUGUAUUGGAUGAUGUGGAUAGUAUUUGUCAACUGAACGCAUUAUGUGAGAGUCGUGAAUGGUUUUGUCCAAGGAGUGUAAUAAUCAUCACAACUAGAGAUAUGCAUCUGCUUAAUGUCCUUAAAGCUGACUACAAAUAUGAAGUCAGAGAAAUGGAUGAAAGUGAAUCUCUUGAGCUUUUCAGUUGGCAUGCCUUCAAGAAAAAAGCUCCCUUUGAAGAAUUUAUGGAACUCUCUAGAAGUGUAGUUGCUUAUUGUGGAGGACUUCCACUUGCUCUUGAAGUCAUUGGUUCUUAUUUGUGUGAGAAAACAAUUCAACAGUGGAAGGCUGCAUUGUCCAAACUCGAAAGGAUUCCUCAUAAAGAUAUUCAAGCAAAGUUAAAAAUAAGCUUUGAUGGUUUAGAUGAUUAUACAGAGAAGGAAAUUUUCCUUGACAUAUGUUGCUUCUUUAUCAAUAGGGACAGAAACUAUGUAACGCAGAUAUUAGAUGGUUGUGGACUUCAUGCAGAAAAUGGACUACAAAUUCUCAUAGAUCGGAGCCUCAUAAAAGUUAGUAGGAAUAAUAAGCUUGAAAUGCAUGAUUUAUUACGGGAUAUGGGAAGAGAAAUCAUCCGUGAUAGCCCACCUAAGGAUCCAGAGGAAUAUAGCAGAUUAUGGAUUCAUGAAGAUGUACUUGAAGUGUUAAGAGAACAUACGUUGCUAGAAAGGUUGAAGACAAUCAAUCUCAGCCAUUCCUCUUAUUUGACACAGACUCCUGAAUUUACAAAACUGCCAAACCUUGAAAAGUUGAUACUAAAAGAUUGUCCGAGCUUGAUGUUAGUUCACAAUAGUAUUGGAGAUCUGGAAAAUCUUCUUGUGGUAAAUCUAAAAGGCUGCAAGUGCCUUAGGCUUCUUCCUAGAAGCAUCUACAAGUUGAAAUCUUUAAAAACUCUUAUUCUUUCUGGUUGUUCAUUGAUUGACCAUUUAGAAGAAGAUUUUGAGCAAAUGGAAUCCUUGACUGUUUUAAUGGCAGAUAAUACUGCCAUAACACAAGCACCCAGGUCAUUAGCAAGAUUGCAGGCGCUUGUACAUGGAUAUGUAUCUUUGUGUGGGUAUGAAGGAAGAGCACAAGAUGUAUUUCCUUCUCUCAUACAGUCUUGGAUGUCACCCACAAAUAUUUUCCAAUCCCAUAGUGAAGCAUUUUUGCAGGGCAUAUCAUCUAUUUUUCUCAGCUGUACAGAUUGGUAG